ACUAGAGAAUUCGUGAAAAUGCAAUUCGAUCUAAUGUUCACAUAUUGACACGCUUCGUUGCGACCUUACAAGCUUGUUAGAUUUAAUGAUAACAGCAUCUUCUUUGCUGAGAAACCCGCACGGGAAUACAUCAAACGGCCCAAGAGAAAUUGGGAGAGCGAGCGAACUGCCGUCAGGGAGAAAGAUCCGAAGGAAAAGAGCAUUACACCCGGCAUUAUUGUCGAGUGGGUGGGUUGCGUUGGGCGAAAUGCGGGAGAAGAAAGUGGGAGCCAAACGGUGAAGGUAGCCACGGCACCUACCACGAAUUGGUACAAGUCCCCCCACGCACGGGAGGUCCUGAAAGUACACUUUCAUUUCGCGCUUGCAACUGUACGUACGAGCCGUGCUGAUGAUGAUGAUGAUGAUGAUGGGUGGCCUGCUUUUGCGUUUUUGCUCCGGCUGCAGAAUUCGUACCCCGGCCAGACAGUUUGCGGCUGAGGAAGCCGGAGAUUGGAGAAGUUUGUCCCACUUUCUUUCUCUCUAUCUCUCUCGCGAUGGGCAGGGAGGUUUGUUUUCUUUAUUUUGCUCCACUCUUUUGUGUACGGUUUGCUGCUGGGCAGCGAUGAUUUUAUGCUUCCACUCUAUGCUUAAUGGGGGAAUGCGUGCUGUAUUCCGGUACUACUACUACAACUACUAAUAUCACUACUAGGCAACGUGGAGUGCCCAUCUUGAAGGGAAUCAUGACUACGAUGCGUUUAGAUGUCCUUACAUGCUCUUCGUUUAAAACCAAUUUCAGCGACAUUUUUUGCGUUUUUUUUUGCGGAUCAAAACUGCAUCGCGUACAUCGCGAGGCCAAGUGUGGCAACAAGCUGGCCUGCCAGCCGUCCAAGGGUAAUCGUCGUCGUCGUCAUCGCGUAUGCAAAUGCGCGUUGUCAUAUUGGAAUUAAUGUCUUGCAAUGGUCAGGAAGGUCAAGGUUUACGGGUUGAUCAUUCCUGCAGGUGUUAGAUCGGUGCUAAGUACUAAUCCACUGUACCCGUCGAUCAAAGGUGUUUAAAUUGGGGUUGAAAAACUAAUUUUUCGUCUGGUGUACCGUACGAUUUGAAUGGUACAUGGUUUAGUAUUUUACAUUUUAGUGCUGCAAGUAUUUGAAACAGAAGGCAUUUAACUGUAGGUUUGCAACGAUAAGGGACGGGGAUUUUUUUUGUAUCAUGAAGCCACAAUUAAACACGAUUUCGGUUGAACUAUUUUGGACCGCUUAGGGAAACAUUCAUACACCAAACGGUUGUAAAAGGUCCCAGCCGCUCGGGGUGAAACUUUUAUUAUGCAAACAAAUCGAUAGUUUGUUGGUUUAUGUUUUGCUUUACCAGCGUACUUCCGCCAACAUACACGGGACCAACCGUAUCGCGAUCGUUUCAAAUGGUUGUUCCUUCCUUACCAAUCAACUGAGCUUUUACAGUGUAAUGCACUUGAACUAGUGGCCUCAUUCUGGUUUUUGUGCGCUGGAUGUUUACAACGCUACGUAGGGAAGUUGUGUGGUUGUGGAAAACACAAAAAAAAAAUGUUUCACAGUUCAACCUUUAAUAUUGGGCUUUUUUAGUUUGCAUUUCUUAAACACCAUUUGAAGUUUCGUUAUGCAAAUUUGUGUUUCUUAUCAAUUUGUUUUAUAAAUUAUUUUGCAAACUGAAAAUGAAAUAUAACAGCCCUUGUGGCGUUCGGUGUAGGAUUUAUCAGUUCGUAUUGAAAAAAGCUUUCAGCAUCUGUACCCAUUCCUUUUUUACCCAACUAUCACCUGGAAACGUCUGUUCGGGACAGUCAGUAAAUUAGCGCAAAACUUAGUUCCGGCAGUGUUAGACACAUCGGAGUGGGAAAAGAGGCAACACAGCAUAAACGUGCUAAUGCAACGGUCAAGUAGAAAGCAUUUCAAAGGCCCACUGCCAGAGUAAAUCAUGAUGGUUCACGGUUUUGGGUAUUGGUUUUUUGUUGUUGUUGUUUCGCUAGCUUCAUCACAGCUGAAAGACGCUGUACAUUUUGCUAAUAAUGUAACCCCAAAAUGUCACGUUCGUGAAGUGAAAGUGAUCCACUAGGCGUAUACAUAGUGGCUUUCUUUUGACGGGAUUUCCUUUCGUACGCUAACUGAUCAAAGCUUCCAGAGAUGUUGGGUGGGAAAUUGAAGGCGUCCAGAAUGGUGCCAACUCUCCUGCCUUACAGGGUAAUGGAAAAACAAUAAAAGUACUACCCACUUUCUCUUUCUUUUCACAAAGAUUCUAAACAGGCCCAAAUAUUGGCUUUAACUUUGAGUGAAAUAUUGGCACAAACAAUAAAGAAAGAGCAAUGCUGAUGCUGUAAUGAGUGAAUGACUCAUCUGAUAAUGUUGUAAGGUGAAUGGACUAGUAGAAGAGAUAAUUCACAAAAAAUGUCAAAAAAUGAUUCGCUUGUAAGAACGUAAAGCACCGUCCGUGUUGCUUUAUUUCACUGAUAACUUUGCGUUCGUUUUAACCUCAGCAAGUUUUGGAAACGUUAAUCCCGUUUUUACUGGAUUGUUCGGGUUUGCUAUGAUUUGGUGAUUAGUUGACGUGUUACCGAUGGCCAGUAAUCGUAGGCAGCAGAUUAUUAGCAUAUGUCCCGCAUUAUGUCACAUUCGAUUGCGAUAGCUUAUGUCGUGAGUUUAUUCUUUAGAAAAUUGAAAAUGUCUUCAAAUUAUUCUUUUAUUCCAAUUUGAAUUUUAGCCAUGUUUGAAUAGCGUUUAAAAACACAUAAAAAUGUUGAUUUCUAUUGAAUCUUUUUUUUCUGUAAGCUCCUUUGGGCAAUUGCAAAAGACGUUAACGAAGAAUUUGGAAAAUGCGUCAAUUUGAUGUAAUGAAACAUUCCACGAAAAUACCGUGAAGCGCAGGAUCAGUUUCUCUUUUUCCUGUCGUUUUCCACUGCUUGUUGGUUUGUUAUUUACAUACGACAUUUUUCUAGUCACAUGUUAGAAAUUAUUUUUAUAUUGAACGAUGGCUUAACAGACAGAUUGUUGAGGAGAAUACAGUGCGUAACAUGGCUAUAUGGACAGCUAUUAAUUAAAUGUCCAAAGGCAAAAAUUAUACGCAAAAGAUAUUCCAAUAGUUUGUACCGAAUUAAAUGCCUAUCUUUUUACAAUUUUAGCAAAUUUUCCGCUUCCGAUAGUGCGUAUUAACAUGAUUAUUAAAUAUUUAAUUUAAAAAAUAAAAAUGAAAUUAAUUUUUAAAACAUUUCUUCUUAUUUUGUGAAAAUAAAUUCUCAAAAAUACUUGCUCUGCGAUUUCUUACUUUUCUUUUACUUUAUUUACGUGUAGCUUUUACAGCUGAAUAGUUAGUAUUUCAUAUACGUAAACAAAAUCUACGGGCUGAAUGGGAUUUAGUACCGAUCUUACUCUAAUGAUUCGCAAAAAAGUAUAACAAAAAGUAGAAGCUGAACAAAAGAGAGAAUAUUUGAACAAACAGCACAAAGAGAAAGGUAGGCAUGACAUUAUUCUGGAUUCGGUGUGAAAUUUGUGUGCAUUUUUUGUUGGUAUUUUUAAAUUACUCAUUUCCAUGAUUUUCUUAGUAAUGUUUUUGUUAUGCGAAGCAAGAGAAAACCCCCCUGUUUUUAAUUAUUUCUAUGUUGUGGGUUUUCCCUCCCUAGGCCGUUUUGAGAUGUUUGUGAUAUGCUCUGUAAACAAAUGUUAAGAAACGGCCAGGUCGGGUUUAUGCAAAUAUAUUUCAACAAGCGUUUGCAAAGUAACAAUAACGGAUUGGUUUAGAAGACAUGUAACGUAAACAGUGUUUAAAUGUAAUACAUUUGCAGUCUAGCUAAUCUAAAAAUAAUUCCAUUUUUUACCUGAGGCAAACUUACAAGCAUUCGAAAACUUUGGAGAUGCGCAAAGGUACAUUCAAAACAAUAAUCAGAAACCUUGACAUUACAAGAGCGAAUGUAAAAAGUAGUAAAAACAAACUCGUCGCUCAUCGUAAAACCAAACAUCAGCACGAAGUGAAAGGAAAUCCAUUAAUUUCUACCGUGUCUGAAUCAAACUUAUUACAAUUUACAUUUUAUGAACAGCAAAUAAACUUUAAAACAAAGUCCUUAUAUGUGCAAUACAAUUCUCCAUUCAACUAAGGAUGUUUAAAUAUUUCAAAAUCCGUCAAUCCAGAAGCUAGAUCAAUGACAUUAAUAUGUAUGAUUUUGGAAUUCCUCUUCAUUUCCUCGUUAUUUAUUGCAUUCGUUUGCAAGAUAAACAGCCUGAUUUAUAUAUAUAAUAUACUAUUCAGAGGAUCAAUAGUAAUUUGCAUUCAAUUAACUAUUUAGCUCCAACGAGCCGAUAGCCAAACGCGAUAUCUACGAUGACAUCACUUCAUUGUCAACGUGUGAACCUGUCCGAGAUAUCGUCAGUUCUCAUUGGUCUAGUAAAUUGGUCCCUAAAGGGAUCCCUAUUACCGCUGACCUACCAAAGCGCGCUUCUUACUGGCCGGUGCGUCCUUUGCAAAAUUAGCGGACAUUUUGCGCGUUUAACAGCGUGUAUCGUACGCAUGUGUGUUUGUUUGCCCUACUGGCCAUAAGUGACCGUAGCGACCCAAAUUACUGUCUAUGCUGUGCCACCCCUUCCUUCCAUCACAUACCGUGCACAGCGGAGAGGAUGUGUCUUUUUACUACCUUUCACUUUUGCGACCCUGCCGAGUGUUGGUGCAAUUGCGCUGUACUGUCACCGACAACGUCUGCAGUCGGCGGUCAUGUGCGGUCGAUGAUUCAGGGAGCAGUUCAGUAUGUCACACCGCCUUGCAAGCUUUGCUAGCCGACCGGCUUCAAUCUGAUCGACCGACCGAGUAUGUGAAUGCUCGCUUUCGUUUAUGUUGAUAUUUCGCCCAAAUAUCUAUGCUCUCGGAUGUUCAUUGCAUCAGCGGCUGACCGCGUAUUGUUCGCUAUGGGAUGCUUUAUCAGAAUGAUGCGACACGGUCGGACACAUAUAUAGAGCUCAGUAUUGAUAUUGGUUAGGCUGCGUUUUUUUAUCCAUUUAACUUAAAUCGAACAGAGUUUGUUAUGUUCUGGUGAUAUGUAUAAAAGGUGGUUCUAUGAGUAUUCCAUUUUGCGUCACACUCAUUUUUACGUUGUUAGGUGGCUCAUCCCAUCGUUACGGUUAGAAUUUGCAGGUAAUCGAAUUACGCGUUUGUACCAGGAACUAGUUCUGUCAUUUUACCCGAUAUUAAUUACAGCAGCACACAUCAGCAUUCGCUUGUGCUCUUGAUUGGGUAUGGUAAGUGAAAUUAAUGCAAAAAGUAGUAGUUCUUGGGUUUGUCAUUCUUAUCUGUAAGUGACGUAGCUGGUAUGAAUUUUUUUUGUAAUUAAAAAUCGUUUAAUGUUUGUAUGCAUGCAGGCAAUAAAGCAUCCUGCACACUGUGGAUAGAUUGUAAAAUAUUAUAGAAAAUUUUGAAACAGACAAUCUAACAACGAUCACUUUCCUGGAGGAUAUCCUGGAGCACAUGGCUUUUGCAAUAUCUUCACUGAUUUCAAGGUCGCAUACGACUAACAUAUGUCAAUCAUCUCAUUUGGAACGCUGGACAAACUAGCUUGGAUUUUGUUAUUGAUAAUGACCAACGUAACAUGCCAGAUGAUGGUGGAUGUAAUGGCUCCCAAAGCCAUUUGGUCUGUACCGCGGAGAUGGGCUUGCUAGUCGUCUCUUCAACUUCACACUACUAGAGAGCCAACUCGGUGGUGGAAAAUUCCAGGGAUCUUCUCCUAUCAAACAUUAAAAAUGCUAGUCUAUGCUAAAGAUGUAGAUAACAUAGGUUUAUGGUUUUUGUACGUAGCAGCUGCUCACAAAAAUAUAGACUAUAGUUUACACAGGCAGACUGCGAUGAAUACUGAUCUAUAUGCAGGGGUUAUAGCUGAUCGCACCUUUCAAGGUCGACUAAAAAACAUCUCGCGUACUAAACUCCUUCUCGAAUUUAGGACUAUAUGAAACCCAGUACUCACAAACGCCUUAGAGACAUGGACUCUUCCCUAGGUAGCCAUAUACCUGUAAACAAAAAUGUCCAAAGAAAUCGAAUGCCUAAUGUUUUGGAUGUUUGUUAUAAUAAAUGUAGUCUAUUUAGAGAUUGUGCACACUUAAUAAAAUAAUGCAUUAAAAAAUUGAAACACUGAUUAAUCUUCUAUCAGAGCAGCUGCACUGAUAAGGUAUUAGCGAACGUUACUUUGUGCUCUCGUUGCGAUAGCGUAUUUAUUUUCAGCACAUGCAGUCUCUUUCGCUGAUGCAAUGAAUCUUUCUAUUAACGAAACCAUGGAACGUUUGAAUAAGAAUGCUAAAGCAUGUAAUACAUACAUACGCGUUUUAAAUUCCUUCACCAAGGAUGCUACAGCACACUUGUAGGUGCACCUCGUUGGCCCCUUGAGUGCUAUCACACUCAGUUUGCAUCAUAGUGCACUCGACCAGAUAACCGGCGGGUUAAUGAAUUCCCCGCACUCAAAAGUGCAUGAUUCAGCAAGUGAAGAUGCAUAUAAAUGCAUACCGAGCAUCAGCAGCACGGGCCUCGCUCGGAUUGUUACGGGUGUCUGCUGCCAAGGCCAAUGAGGAAGCUGACCAUUUGGUUCCGUUUGCGCUGGUGGAUGUCACCAUGCGGAGACGUUGUUGAAGCAAAAUAGUUCAAUGCUACCCAGUCAUUGCUUUAGAUAUGCUUAGUGUAUUUCUCGGUUUUCGUCCUUCCCAGCAAGGUUCCUUGCCGUUGAAAUUUGCAUUACUAUUAUUAUGCACCAGCUAGCACCCAUUAAAAUUGGAAAGAAUAUUAAGAUGGAAUAGGAAGUCGUCAGGCAUCGUUGAUUCAAAUGAGGCCACACAAUUCCCGUGCUCUGCGCUGAAAAAGCUUAUUCCGAAUGAAUUGAAGCGGAAGAUUUUAUAGUGCUAUCAACCAAAUAUUUAAAAUAUUUUUUUACGUUCUAUAUUUCAGUCUUGUGAUAGAUUAUAGUUUUGUGCUUGAGCUAGUCAGAUCAGGAUUUUGUACAUUGACAGAUGAACUAAUUAUAGUAUAAAUUUAUCCAAAGCAAUCAGUUCGAUAAACUGAUUGGACAAGAAUGAAUAUUGCAACGAACCAUUAUGAGAUGUCAGUAUUACGGGUUUCCGGUUUCGAUCCGGAACCACGUGUCAAAUGAAACGUGGAAUGCCAUAGCCAAGGACGUCCAGAAUCAGGAAAUUGAAUUGAUUUAAAUACAAAUUCUACAACCACUCCAACACUCCCCGAUUGCUGGCUGUCACUUGUGAGACACUCAAUCCUAUCCAUUUCUAACUAAUUAGGUUUUGCUGUGUCUUUGCCAAUUAUGUUGCAAUAAGCGAUUGAACGGAUCAUUGCGGAUCAUCAUGGACAAAAAGCAAGAAGCGCAGUCCAUUUUAUUCGUUGUAGUCGAAGGUGCGAUUCUGAUAGAAUGUCACAAGCAAAUGAAUCUUAUCGGUUUUUAUAUUUCUAACAAAUUUAGCAGUAUUUUUGUUAAGAUUAGCUUCUUACCAUCUACAUCUUCCUUCACAACUUCUUACAAAUGUUUAGCGAUAAAAUGGUAAAAUUGGAAUCAAUUCUGGAAUGUGUUCAAGUUGAACUGAGGUGUAAGGCUGUAAGGUGAAACUGAUUCUGUGCAAAACGUUAUUAACAGUUAAGAAUGUUUUGUACAGAAAAAAAAAUUACAUAUCUACCACUACGCAUUUCACUUCAGCUUGGAAAUUAUCUCGAAGUGGAAUCUUUCUUAAUUCUACUCAAAAAUCGUGGAUUGUACGGCUAUUCAGAAACAAGACUAAAUCGUCUAUCUAGAAUUGAGACACGAUGUGUGUUCGGUUUCGUGUGAGUAAGAAACGAUCGAUAUAUUUGCUGUAUUGUGUUGAGUAAGCAUGCAAAAAGAAAAAGAAAUCAGCUUUCAAAGCUGCGUUCAAAGAUCAAUCAAGAAGUUGAAAUACGCAACGCACCCAACCUUACACAAGAUCCAUGACCGAGGUGCUCCACCGGGUCGAUAGACAUCAAUGAUCUUGCAUGUACCGAUGUAUGGCCGGACAAGCUUCCAGUACCGAUCGCUUAGUAGAACGUGACACAAAUUCUCGGCCCCACCAGUGCGGUCCAAUGGGCUUGUGCAAGCAUAACACCAAUGCGAUACAGUGCCUCGUAAAAUUGGCAAUCAGUUUCCUCUCGAAUCUCCACACGACACUAGUUCGCACCGAGCAGACGUGUGUUUGUUGGGUAGAAAUGGAGGGACGAAGGGCGCACGAGAGGGUAGCUUACAGCAUGGACAUAGGAUCGGAACAAGUUUUUGAUAGCAGUUUUUUUCCAAUCCCUUUGCCUCCAUCGCCGUUCGCUAGCUGAACUCCGAAAGAAGCUUACAAAUGGUGGCCCAUUGCUCGGAGGGAGAUGCGUGAUGCUUUGGUUCGGGUUUACCAUGUGGCCACCACACCGGUUCUAGGUUUAACUCGCCCAAGGAGCAACGCGCCCCCGAUCUAAGCGCUCCGACACGGUCUGACACCAAAUCCCAUGAACGAAUUUCAUCACGAAGUGUAGUGAUCGCCGCAACGCACUACCUUUACUUGGUCGUUUGUGUUUGGAACUUUUGCGAACUGCAACGUCCGCUUGCCUCUCCGAUGCAUGAUCUUCAAAGAGUUCGAUCGUGUGCGGGUACGGUUGAUGUGUUGUGGAGAGUCAAGCAUUUCGAGAGCCGACUGCAAUCCAUGCACCAAACCCGUCUGUCGCACCAAAACCGCUCGUACUCCGACCGAACGCAAUCACGCUGUAAGGGAGAAAGACGUACCAGACUUUGCACGCUUACGGCGGCCAAUUGCCGGGUGCAGUACAGUAUACGCUCGAUAUGUAGGUCACGGUGGCAUUCGAAUCGAAACGGCCGCACUCUUUGGCGACUUCGUUUAGAAUUAUAUGCGCACGGUGGGAUGAACCGGACGAUGGUACCGGUGUCGGACCUGCACUUUAGCAAUCGCCACGGAGCAGGAUUUAGACCGAUCAAGAAAUAGUGGCAUAGGUGGUAGUAUGCGUUUCAGAGUGGUUUGAUUACAAAUUAAGAUUUCGUUAGCCAACACUGCUAACGAUACGCUUGCCAUUACGGAACGUGGCAAAGGUGUAGUUUAAAAAAUGUGUUUUUUUUAUCAAACUUUCAGAAUUUUUAUAAAGUUGUUCUAGAACUCCACAACAUGAUUUUUCUUCUUUUCUGAAAGUGCCUUUUUGAUUACGCCCGCUUCAUAUCGGGUUUCAAUCUUGUUUUGAUUCAAUUUAGUUGAACUGACUUGAUGGUCAAUAUUUGCUGCUAGGGUUUUAUUUAGAAGCUAGAAGUGAUUUCACCCACAACCUUCGGUAUAUUAUAUCCAGAGAUUCGACACUUUGGGCAAAUGUCACCAAGACGAUUACUGAAGGUAUCGUGGAAAUGUGUUACUACCGCACUAAGUAUUUCUGUGCAUCAAAUUCUAAGUUUAUUAAUAGUCUAACUAGACAGUGAUGGUAUUAUAAAAGUUAACAUUAAAAUAAGGGAUGUAAAUUGUUUGAGGGUUAUUAUCAAUGGCAUUGAUGGUGUAACGAUUAGCUAGUAUUGCACUAAUGAAGCUAUUAAUCAUUCUUUAUUUCAUCAUCACAAACCGUGUGUAAUGCAGCCCUAGAGUAAUUAUCUUCAGAAGUUCGUUAAGAGUGUGAAUAAAAUAGUGAACAUUCUUUCAUAUUAUGCGUUCGUCGAUCAGUGUUGUCUUCAAACGCAGCACUGUGCGUAAUUGGUUUGUUUUAUAUUUUUUCCCCUCCCGUUUGCUAUCGUAAGUGGCAAAGCACGCAACAAACUGUACUCCCAUUCGAAACAGCGUCACUCUGCAGCGGUUAGAAAUCCGUCAUCCCAAGUCUUAAAACGGUCAAAAUAGGUUGAAUUUGGCCGAAAAAGUGAAUCUACCGCUCGUUAGGCACUCGAAAAGCCUUCGCUCAGCAGAUGUGAACAUUUGCCGCUGUCACUCGCGGCGCUACUGUUGGACAAAAAAUUAGUAUGCUGCGAUGUCAAUGUCAACACGUUUACGCGAUCGCAAAUAGCAACGGAGACGAUCGCGAUCCAAACGCUCACGUUGGCGGCAUGGUGCCUUGCGUUUUGGGGUUGGUUUCCUUGAGAUUGAAGUUCAGUCAUAAAUCGGUAUUUACGCACACAGCCAUGCUAACGGCAAAAUUAAUCACGCACACACACGGACACACGCACACACAGAGUCACGGGUUCCGUUGUAGAUAGCGGAAAUCCACCGCCCCGCAGAGAUGUCUUCGCCCGUAAUCACGCUGGGAAUGCGUUGGAUGCGUAGGAAAGAAUCGUUCCGCUGUACGUUUCGAUGCGUUCUGCUCGUUGGUUGGAGACACGAAAGUCGUUAGACAUACGCGACUGAACGCAUUGCUCGACGUGAGUGUGAGCUAAUGAACAGCUUUUCGAAAGCUUGAUGAUGUGCAGAUAUCGUUUGCCGAUAGAGUAGCAACUAAGUAUUACAAACCACUCUGGGACGAAAGAUACGCCAGUGAUCGCGGUUAGUUUCGACAAGUACAAACAUAUUGCGUAUCCCACUGGAGCGGAUGGACAAAAUCCGUUGAGGUGUGCACAAACAUCAUCACGCUUCUAAGUACGUGUCUAAGGAGCUUACCCAUCCACAAGGGGAGGGUUGGGCCUAUGUAUGGGGAGGAUAGCGUAUUGUGGACACAUAAUAGUCACAACACUGCACAGCUAGCACAGUGCACAGUGGUGGCCUUGUGUCAAAGCGCUAGGUUGUCAUUUUUCAAGCCAACACGGCUGAAAGUGUCACGUUUCCUGCCAUCCUCCGAUUUUCGCACGCCACCUCUUCCGCGGUGCACAAUGUAUUUGUCCCGCUCGUCGUUUGUAAAAGGUAGCAUUAUACCUCUUUCAAUGUCUGCCAAAUGGAAAGCAUCUCGCGGUAAGCCCUACGCACACAUACAGCCAGACGGGGGCCCCAUAUACAAUUAACCUUCCUGUACCGUGUACGGUGAACAGAGCCUGCCAUCAUAGUGCAUACCAGGCCCGGAAUCACGUCCUACGUAAGCACUGCGUAGUGUUGAGCAUGACUUUUUUUGCGCUCCCUUCCCCUGGUCGUUGAAUCAUUUGACCAUUAACCGCGUUUUAAUCUUCUGGUGUAACAUCCGUUCUGUGACAGCCUCAGGUGCUGUCGACACUGAAGAACCCGAGUGUCCAUUGCACAUUAGGAGAAAGCUUUUAAUUGCGCAAUUAACUACGGCUGGAUAUGACACGAUACAUACGCUUGUUUUGCAGCAGGAUAAUGAAGAUUUUUAAUUUUGUUUUUAUUUUCUUUUUGUUUCUUAAAGACGGAAACGAAAAGUAACCUUGAAUAUUCCAUUGAGAUUUACAGUAGUCGAGAUUUGUGAAACUAGAAAUGUUGUACCCAUACAAGACCUUAGCGAAUGUUAAUCUAUAUUUUAUUUUCCUCUUGAUUGAUAAGCAACCUGAUGAUUACUUUAAAACGACUCACGAUAUAAAAUUAGUCGUUCCAGUCUGGUUUUUUGAACAUAUUUUCUUUAAUAAUUGAAUUUUGAAAAUGUUAAUUUCGAGAGUUGAACUAACGCGUCCUCUUUUCAAUCUCUAGCUAAGAUCUGAAGGUUAUCGGAGUCUCGGGAAAUUAGAUUUCCCGAGAUUAGAUCGGAGAUUAGAUCUCCGAUUCCACCGAUCAGGUAAACGUUGUAAAACUAUGAGAUUUGUGAUAAACGAGAUAAACACAAAAAUACUUAUUAUUAUAGCAGUCGUAAUCUGUUAUUAAUGUCCAUGUCAUUUGAAUGAUACUAGACGAUCCAGCGGUUCCAGAGUUUCUUUUUGUCAGGCAUUUAGGGGAGGAGAUAGAGACAGAGUGAUGGCGUUGAUGCAUUCAUCACACGAUUAUGGUUGACCCUGAACGGUGCAGAGGAUUCCUGCACCUGAUACAUAGUAAGUAAGUAUCCCUCAGGAAGACGACCAUGAGCUUUGUAACUUUCAGCAUUGAAUUUUACAACUUGUAAAACAAUUAGAUCGCGAUUCAAAAGGUGAAUACGCCGCAUUGCUGACAAAGUACGUCAGUACUUUAUGUGUCUUACGGUUGACCUUUUUUACAAAUUAGCACCAAUUUCUUAUGGAGGGGCGUACAAUGUUUUUCCCCAACAAAGAACAGGCACAGUGGCCACAGUCGAUCCAAAGCUUGGUGAGGAUGACAUCAUGUAUUUGAAAAACCUUCCCGCACUAUCUUGAACCGUGUUUAUAUUUGUGUAAGCUUUCGGAGAAUGUUUAAGGUAGGCGACGGUUUCGACCUACUUCUGUCAACCUGAGCCGAUAGAACAACUGCAACCUGGGGGCAGUGAUGUGAUGCAGCAUACGGGAAGACCGAAUGUUUUCCAUUUGUACUCAGUCGUCCGUUUGAACCACCCAAAACAAGAUACAGUUGUAUUGGGGCUCAAAUGUUGUUGUGCUUCAAAGGUAUCGCAGCACACCGCUAGCUAAAAGGUGAGGAUCGAUCAUUUACCAGGUACAGUGGAAUCGAAAUCGAAAACUAACGGUAUUUGUGGCUAGUGUUUGGUUGAUUAGAAUUAGAAGACUUCAUACGCUGGAACGGUGAUAUAACGGGAAAUGUAUGCAAAAGAAAAUGAACGAACGAAACGAUUAAACCCUUGACGGUGCAGCAAUGCCCUCCGCUCGCGCCAUCCGCUCACUUUAUCAUGAAGCAACUUCACACAAAGUGCAACUGCAACGCGGAAGAAGCCAGAUAUUUCAAUUGGGCAAAGCAAGUGUUGCUCCCGCUGAUUUGCAUAGCCUUCGGUCGACGGACGAGGUGGCAGGUGGCAGCAUCAGCUCAACAUGCCAAGGCAUUGUUUGGCCAACCACCGAUACGUCCCUGGGAGAGGCGUCGGUGGCAAUGUAAUAACCACGAAAACCUCCACUGCACUCGCGGUAGUAGAGCUGUUUACCUCUUUGGUAGUGAGAGCGUGGCUUGAAAUUACACAAAACUCAUGUGCUAUUUUCCUGCUUCCGCUUUUGCUUUCUGCAACAAACAAGACGCCCUAGCCCUGGAACCUGUGGUCUUUUGUACACGAUUGUAGACAGGGUACGAGAGGGCCGGCAGUGGUGCAGUGUAGAUGAUUUUCUGUUAUUGUGCGCAAAUAUGCCACAAUGUUGAAUUUACCGUGCACGGAGACGCUGGUUGGGGGUUUUGACGUGUGACAUAAUCCACCCGUACCGCAAGGAAUCAUGCAAGUUUAUUUAUGCUUUUCUUUUAGCCGCUGAAAUGAAGAUCCUUUUAUGGUGGUUCUCAUUUCCCUGCAGCAGAGAUGCAAAUGGAAAUGUGUAGGUAUUAUUUCAACCAUUGAAAUGUUUCCUUCACGAAGCAAAUGAGAGUGUGCAACCACAAAAACACAACUGCCAUACCGAGCCCAUCGUUAAUAAUCACCGUACCUACGUAGGGGAGCAAAUACAUAUUUGCUUAACAUAAUGCAUUGUACCAGCCCAACGGAAUUCAUUCAACGUUUGAGAACGAACGACAACACCGACCGAGCAACUGGCCUGCUGGCUGGCUGGCUGGCUGCUGCUACAAGCGCUGAUAAGUCGCAGUGCAUCAUGUACUGCACUCCAAAUCUAGUGCAUUAGUGAUAAGAAAGCCAAAGCAAAGAUUUCGUCGCUGCUUUGUUUCGGUUGCGCUCCGCGUCGCUGAGCGCUUGUUGGAUUCCAUCGCAAUCAGGUGUGUAUGGCCAAUGACUUCGGUGUUGGUGUUUGCGCCGACUGGCAAGCUGGCAAAGAAUGGUAAAAGUUGACGCGCUGCAGAAAUACACAACCAAACGAAGGAAAAAAGAACCUAGCUUCCCGUCCAGCGAGUUUGUUGAAGCACGCUGCAGUGUUGCGCGGGAAUGGAAGCGUUCCGGUAACGCGAGACGAUCGCGAACACUUUAGAAAGGGCGAAAAGGGGAAGUGGGGGAGGAUCGUACCGGUCGGGCAUUAAUUGCUCUCGCAUACUCUGGGGUUCGCAUACAAACGUGUCACCUAAACGGUGAACCCGAUGCACCACGAAGAACGAGCGGACAGCCAGUACUAGAACGUACGCGCUGCUGUUUAGCGUACUCUGCUCAGCUCAGCUGCUGCUGCCCCUGCCUAUACGUUGCAUUGGUAGUGGUGAUGGGGCGGCUGCUAGAUCGUUUGCACAAGAUCGUGUGGGUCUGGCUCGCGCGCUCUAGGGUGGUAGGGUGGUUUGUCUGGCCGAGCACCGAGCCCGUCCGCGCGAUCAGUUUUGUUUUCCAUUUUGAAGUGUAAUGAUCGCUAGUCGCUAAAAAAAACUUCCGCAGCUUUGCAAGCUUUGCAGUGAAGACGAAGAAGGCCUGACUCUUCGUGUGCCAGUGCUGCUUCGGUGUGUAGCGUUUCUCGUGCGAUGUGUGUAGUUGGUGUUGCUGUAGGUAGUGGAUGAAAGCAAGUAAAUAAAGAGCAGGGCAGUAAUGGACGGGAGGCGGAACAUCUUCCGUUGCGUUUCUGGAUGGAUCGUUGCUGAAAGGGGUUGCAUAGAGAACAGUUUUUUGCUGUCGUGGUAUCGGGCUCGUUGCUGAUCGAUCGAACGGGAAUCGAAUAGGGGUGUAGUGGUCUGCAUGUUCCAGCUGGUUCGACUUGAGUUCGAACAAAAAACAACUGCUACGACUGGUUUGCUACAUUCGCCGCCCAGUGUCGAUUAAGUUCGAACCGUUUUUUUGUGGGAAUACGAAUAUCUGAAGGUUAUGAACCGUUUUGUCAAGGAUUGCAGAUUCCGUAAGACUUUCGUAGUCGGGCACAGCUAUAAAUGUGACGCACACACGUAGGCACACAAUCGCGAACCACAUUCGCUUCAUCGUUUCUAGUAUGGCAUCGUGUUGGGACAUACGUACGCGCUGUGCUGAAAUCGUGGCCUUUGUGAUGGUCAAGUCGGCGAGAUGCUCUCUAGACCGAUGGUGACAAUAAAAGCUCGAACGCAUGCGGAGGACAGAACGAAGAAAGAUCAUCGAAGGCAAUUUAGUAUGCGUUCCGUACCGGUUCGAACCGAUCCGAUCGAUCAUCGCAUGAUAUCGAUAGCUAUCAAAAGCUUCGAGCUGAAGGUAUUACUCACUAUUGGCUAAAAUCCGCUUACCAAAUUCGAACGCCAUUUAAUGCUUUGGUCCCUGCGCCGUUGAAACACGCUGACGUACAUAGGGCCUCAUAUCGCGUGGCUAACUCUGAAGCUGCUCAGAAAUCUUACCUCAAUGUGACAACGCAACGGAGCUGAUUCUUUUGCGCAAUUCUGUACAUUUGCGGUCGAGGUUUUAGCAUCGACGGCCGGUUGGCUAGCGUUGACAAAUGCUAAUUAAUUUGCCAUCAGCGUGUUUACUUCGGUUGCUAUCAUUUGCUGGUUUUCUUGUUGGGAAAUCCGCACUGUAUAUGAUAAGGUUUUGAAAGUAGUAAGAACAGUAACCUGUUUUAAGUCGGUGAUCCACCUGUCCGGCCCUACACUACUCCGCCCCAAGGAAACUUGUUUCAAUAUGUUGCCCAAACCCGUAAUGAUUGUGUGUGUCUCAUCUUUUCGUACUCGUAUCGUUCAUACAGUUGUGGAACAAAAUGAUCUUUGAUGUCCGCAAGAUUUGUAACACGCGUUGUGCACAUCAACGAGAAGGACGUCGAAGAGAAUUGGUCUUGUUUUUUUGCGGUGACCGGUGUACUAACUUUCAAGGUACAUUACAUUCAUCUCACAGGCCUUGAGUAAAUGUUUUACUCGUUGGGACAUAAGAAAAAAAGGUGUUCCAGUAUCCUUGACCGUGAACAUCAACGGAUCCCUUGACGACUACAUGCGUUCACUAAUUGUAGGGAGGCGUAAGUCCUGAUCGCCAUAAGCUGGUGGUGGGAGCCGUGUGUGUUGGUGGUGCUUGUAAGAAUGACCAAAUUUAUGACACAACAUUCUUUUUGUUGUUGAGAUAGACCCGAAAAACUUGAUUCGAAGUGUAACAGUGUGCUGCUGCCGCUGUAGCGAACGACGGAAGAACGUACGAAAAUCAUAAAAAUUAUACACUGUUCUGGGUAGUGUUCCGUCUGCCCCGUUCGGAGGGUGGCUUACCUUGGAAAGUGUUUUCUGUACGAGUGCGUCUGAGAUUGAUGGUAACAAUACUAGCAGGGACCCAUCCAUUUACUCGACCGGAGUAACAGACCGGUCAUGAUGGUAGUGAUGCGAGAUUGGAGGCUAAGGAUUUGGAGAAGGUUUCAAUAAUGCAAGGUUAAGGUUAGUGUUGCCUAACAGUUGAAGGACUACUUUGUCAUUUGCUCAUUGGCAAGGGAGCACAGUAAAGAUCUAAUUGAGUGAGACCCCGCCCCAUUAGUGGUUCGAUAAGAUAGAUGCAUAUCGCUAGUCAGAAGUGCCUUGACUUACAUUUAUUCUGCCCAACAUUUCGCCACACGCACCUAGUCACAUGUUGCCUAAGGUGUUGCCUAAGGGAUGUAUGGUAAACCAAGUCGACACCCAAAUCCUUUCCGAUGGUGACCGGAUGAUAAAGUCAUCGAUUGCUGCCCCCUAGUGAAUGUAUAUUUUAUUGUGCAAAUAACCUUAGCCAUAUCCUUCGGCACCUGCCGACCAGCCGGUUCUAUAGCAAACCAACUGUGGCGACUCGUGUUCUCGUUCUAGUGAUAUAUGUAGCCUCGCAAUGUUAGUGAGACAAAGUGUAAAAGUAUAGUGCGUAAUGGCACUGCUGUCGUGCUUGCACGUAUCUUUUUUUUUUCGUUGUCCGCUUCAAUCGCCAUGACCAUAUUUCCUUGGAGAGACUGCGAGGGUUAAAGUUAAUCAGAACGAUGGCGCUAUAAUGUGACGCUCCUUGAAUGGUGCAGCUUAGAAGCAAUGGCAGGUGACACCGUGUACUUGCGGCUCACUGCGGGUCUUUGGGGUCUUACGUACGUUGGUCCAUCCAUUGGUCCAGAUCCGUUGCCACCAUUCAAUAGGUAGCGGACGAGCAUGAUAAUUAAUAUGAAUUUUUAAUACAACCAAUAAGCAACUGUCGGACACGAAGUGUGUAAGUGGGAGGGUAUAUAUAUUUUUUUCUUCUCCACUAUCGUGCUAAUAACUGCAACUAUCUUACCUCUUUGUCGUGUGGGCUUUGUGGACGAGUCGCGCGUGUCUAUAUUAAUAUGCUUGUUUGUUUUUUGCUGUUCCCUUUCGUGCUAGUAAUUCUUGUGCUCUUGUCUGUGACGACCUUUUGAUUUCAGUGCUGUUCCAGCCAUUGAAGUCGACAGCGAAGACGGUAGCAGCCGCAGCAGUAUCCCGCGUGCAGUGUUUGGUGCGUGAAAAGCUGGUGUGAAAAAAUAACGCCGGGCGAUUGUCGCUUGUAAGAAACUUUGGUGUGAAAAUGGUUAACGUUGCCAUUUCGGCAUCCAAGUAAACCGUGUUGCCGUGUGCCAUUUGUCUCAGGUGUCUGGCGCGUUGAGCAAGCGUUAAAGUGAACGGUCGUACAGUUCGUGAGUCUUUGUUCUAUUUUGUGUCUGUUUCCGCGCGAGAGUGCAACAACAACUGAUUCCUUGGCGGGAAAAAAAAAGAUUGGAAAACGAAACCCAACAAAACACGAGCAAAAGGCCUACGCAGCGACGAAGCAGAGAGUUACACAGAGUUGAGAAGAAUAUUGUUAAAGCCCGUGUGGUUACUUAGCUGAUCCGUCUUAUUUGCCAAAACGAUUGCUCCAGUUUAAGUUGCGCACUCAUCUACUCGUUUCGAGCAGAGUCCGGAGCGGAGGAAGUGAUAUAUGGGCCUGUAGGGUUACUGCGAGAAUUGGCGAACAUCGUACAGAGCAGGUAGACUGGCCACCGAUUGUUUAAGACCACUCUAGUCAACAACAAAAAAAGCUACCAAACGCAAGGACAAUUUGCGGCCGGAAUCUAAGAUAUGCCAUUGCAAAUGUCAUACAUGUGAUGAAAGCUGAAAACUCACCAUUCCAUCAAUCAGUCAAAUACACAGUCCUGCAGCGAAAUUUAAAGUUUUUUCUCUCGCAUACUCUUGGUGUUUCAAAAACCAUCUCUUGAGCAUAACCGAAUUAUGCAAAGAUACGGUGAUAACUCCUUCUUAACGAGGGUAAAAAUGGAAUAAUCUUCUAAUAAGCUCAACGCGGGAAAGUAUAAAUUUUCGUUUGCUCUAACACUUCAGGAUACUUUUUUUUAAACUUCUAUUUUUAGGAUAUUUUUUUGAAAGUACUUAUUUGAAAUUACGAAACCUCACAACGAGAGUGUAAUAAUUUUAUAUUUUCAAAUAAAUUUUUAAAUUAAAGUAUGAUUUUCCUUCAGUUACGAAAAGGAGAACAUGUUUCUAUAUCAACUAGUACGGAAGCAAACUAUUCUCUAAAAAAAAGAAUGUACAUAAUGGCUAUUCGUUGCGAGGAAAAGCAAAACGAAAACCUCCAGCAUCAAUGCACUUAUUUUCAUCCUGCACAUACAGCCAGCUGCAUAUUAGAGUGAAAAAAGGAGAUAUAAGCGUCUUGUCCUUUACAUAGCGUAGGAGCAAACGAAAGAACGUACUAUUUUCGCCAUCCUGGCAUGUGCCGGCUAGUAGCGGCAACAAAACUGCCAGUUCUGUGCGCAUUUCAGCUGUGCAGAUUCCGCCUUAGCUUGCAGGAUUCGUUGCAUGCACACCGUAAAACGAGCAAAACGCCAGGACUAGUGUGGCAACGUCAACUGUGCAUGGUGGCAAUGACGUCGUCUGGGUCUGGUGAAGAAUCUUUUUCGCCAUUGUUGUUAUUAGUAGUUUUUUUUUCUUCAGUGCCCGAAUGGAUCGCAUGCACACCAAAACGACCAACGACGAUGAUGCCGGUGUACGGAGCAUAGAUGAUACGGCUGGCGUUGUUGACGUUGGCCAGCACGACGGGAUGGGUUUCGGUUGGAACAUAGGGGAUGAACACAUGGAAGGACGAACGGUUUUGAGUAGGAAUGCUCCGAUGGCACUCGGUCGGUACGGGCGGUAACAUAGACGACAUUAUCCUUGAAUCCGACUCGAACCGUGUUCGCGAAAGCAGUGUUUUGCAUCGCUUUCGGUUAGUGGAGAGCAAAAGACUGAAACGAUCAUUUUCUGUGCAUUACCAGGACACUUUCGUCGGAGUGUGAGUGUAAUUCGCAGUGUAUUGUGUGUUUAUUCGUAGUUUAAACUAUUUCACAAAUUAUCAACUGAAACAAAAAAAAAUGACCAAACUCUCAGCAAAGGCAACUGGUGUAGCAGCAAACGCCGUCGAACCGAUUCAAUCUACUGUCACCCACGUGUUCGACAAGCGGCCCUUCUUCCAUCAGAGCGAUUUGCGUGCACGCCCGACGAUGAACGGUUUUUACACGGCACAACAACACUUUUAUCAACCGAACAGUUUUAUCAACGAUUCUUCGUUGCUGUGCGACGCUUUGAAGCGUGUUCCACAGCUGGAAGCAUUGUUACUGUUUAUGCAGCAGCAACUACAAACGCCUGCAUUAAUGUCGAGUUCGUUGCGGUCAGUGUCGAAUGCAACGAACCGAAACCGCACUAGUGUGAUAACGCGGCAUCAACUCUUUUCUGGGUCUGAAAUAUCUUUUAGUAAUAGUAACGUUAAUACUAGUGCAGCUGUCGAUCGAUCGAUCUCUCGUCUCCAUCCAAAUUCCCGCUUGUUAAGUAUACGUGGCCGAUUGCCACAAGCAUUAAACCAUUAUGCUGACUGGCUCGAUCACAUGGAGCGCAUGUACUUGGACGAACAGCAAUGCAUGCUAGCGUCCAUGCAAGCACAACAUUUGUACAAUUGGUAUCGGGUAUGGGAAGCUACCGAUCAGCACAGUGAUCGCUGGUGGAAAAAUCGUACCAAUGUGCGAACCACUAUACAAACAUCGACGCCCUGUCCACUCCGUAGUGCUCUUCUACAAGCAUUCUACCAAUUGAUUUCAAAUGCUAGAGAUGGUGGUUACUCCCAACCAAUCGUGCACUUCGAUCUGACACAUCGAGGAAAACGGCCAGUCCCACAUAGGCUGCAGCAAGCCCCACGUCGAAGCCAAUAUCACACGGACCAAUUAUCAGACGGAAAGGCGGCGUCCCUCCCUACACUAGCUGGGAUCACGGUGCCAAAACCGAUCAACACAACAAAUGGCAGCCGGCCGUCGAUUGGCAACAACAAUCCUUUAACGCCGUUCCUGUUUGUCUACGUGCCGUUGCUAACACCGUUGCCUGACCCCCAACAGAUGCCGAUUGCUGUAAGCCACACCGCAGUCGCAGGACCACCAGUAUUGCCGAGGUCUACGGUUUCACCGCCACCAAGGUUGCCACCGUCAACGCGCUCCUUGGAUGUCAUCAUUAAUGACAGGUUAGUGCAACCAUUCGUUUACGCACCAACUUCAAACGACAAUUAAAACUCGUUUGGGAUUUGCGGUUACAUUGGUUGUGGAACCUUUAUUUUUUUGUGGACAAUUCCAGUACUUCGCGGUUUACACGUGUUCCGAUCGAAUGGAUCAAAUCAUAUUGACGGAUCACAUUUUUUUAGACAACUAAGAAAUGUUUGCAUUUGCCGAUGGGUUCCAACUGCUGUUACAUUAAUUCAUUCUUGCCAAAUGGGACAACGAGCAAAACGGUUCCGUAUAUGCUUAUCAGUCCUUUUAAUACAUCAACACGAAGUUUUCUCUUUGUUGUCUGCAAUGUGAUUCGGAACUUAAAUGAAGAAAAACCACAGGUUUGCCUGUACACACGACCAUUCGAGACAUCACCCCCUUCUCAUGAAGGUUGAUGUGCGAUAGAAUAUAAAUUCAAUUGCGUGUGAGUGAAGCACAGGGCAGAACGAAGAGAGAGAGAGAGAGAGAGAGAGAGAGAGAGAGAGAGAGAGAGAGAGACUCUUUGGAGUUUGGAGUGCUGCGUCUGUGCAAAAAUAGAAACCACGUGCUUUCGAUGCUUCAUCCGCUAUGUAUUCAUUCGAUCGAUUUUCCUCGACAUCGUCCCGCGGUUGCCGCGUAUUCGCCGUAAAUCGGUAUGUGUUUGCUACGCUAGAAGAAACAGCAGUAGUCAAAUGUUGGGCUCAGAAUGAGAAAGAAUGAGGAAAUGAUGGAUAAAUUGUACAUUUUGUUUUGAAUGUUUCAACAAUUUAGAAACCGGUUGGAAAAUUUUCGCAACAAGAUUGUUCCGCAUGCAUUUGCUGAUUACGAAAAUGAAUGCGUUAAGAAUAUAAAUGGAGCUAAGCUGAAUAAAAAAACAGUUUGACGAAAAUGUAUCUCUGUUUUACGUGAAAACUUUAGGGACGGUUUCAGUUAAAGUUCACCUAAGUUCAAUGAAAAUUGCCCUGUUGCGCAAGCGCACUUGUUCGCAGACGUUUUGUUAUUGUUUCCCAAAACGAGAGAAAUACUUCGAUGUUUGUUUUUCUCUACGGAGGAAUGAGACUAUUGACGAGUUUAUCGAAAGACUGGUGCUUCGCAGAACGCACGUAAAAUGUUAUUUCCGCAAAUAGUUGUGAUAAUUUACAUGCCGUAAAUUUAAGUUACAAAUCGAACAAAGAACAAAUUUUGGCUGCGAACAAAACGUAGAACAGGAUAGAAAAAAGCGUUGCUCGUGACGAAAUUUGAUUCGGUUCUUCGAGUAUGAAUAUACAUACUAUGGGAGAUAAGUAUAAUGAUAUGAGCUUUUAAUUUCCUAAUGAUAUGUAGUGCAUCUAGAGAAGUUACGUUAUUUAUUAUUUAGAAUGGCGUUAAUCAUGAACCCUUACAAAGUUUUGAUGGAAAUAUUAAUGGUGUUUGAGGCUAUACCAUCGUUAUGAUGAUUCUAGCUUAACUAUUUUCCUUUCUUUCAAAUCUACCAGGGACAUUUUUAUUCGUAAUUUUCUUAGACCGUUUCUUAUUUGCCUUUCCAUUUCUUUUCCAUCGAAACAUUUCACAUUUUCCAUCGAAUGUAAUCCAGGGUUGCAUGCUCCCACGAAUACUACACCGUCUUAAUACUAAGAACCGUUAAAUUUUUCAUUGAUCUCUCGAUAACAAAAUUUUCAUUGAUUCUUGCUAGUAUAAAAAUCAAACAUUUUUUUCAUGUCUAUUAAGUACUAAGUACUAAUGCUUUUUAUGAAAAGAGAACUCAUUCCCAAAUAGUGUAUUUCAUGUAUAAAAUAACAAACCGUCAAUCAAGCAAUAAUGAUAAAAACACAAAAAAAUAAUAUUAAUCUUAUUUACCAUACUAACGUUACGCGCCGCCUCACAACAUCUUUAUUAUAGCGAAAAAAAUCUUUGCGUAAAUGAAAUAUUCUUAUUACAACACUGGGGCGGCCCAGUGGUGUAUCUGAUAAAUUGAGCCAGUUCCACCAGAUUAUUCUAGUAAGCCAGAUAUGGCCAUCAUGACCUAUGAGAUGGUUAAGCCAAAAAUAAAAUACAUUAGAUACAAGUGAUCUUUAUAGAAAUAAUAAUUAAAUUAAUUCCUAUAAUACUUACCACUACAUACUUAGGACGUAAAAAAACAGCUAGAAGUCAUUUCAAUAAUUGAUCGAAUGGUUACAUCAAUACAAUUAAUGCUUACAUGUUUGGUUUUUAAAUUGAUUAGGUACCGCUAGUGUAUUUUGGAGAUGGUCCGACCGAGAUAAAAAUUUUAUUGUCUUUUUUAUAUUGUUUCUAUAGAAUUAUCGACCGCAGUAAAUUGUUGCAUGGCUUGUACCAAUAUACUACAUAUACUACAGCUUUUGUUGCUCACAAGCGUAAAAAAUAAAAUGAGCCCAGUUCUGGAAAAUCGAUGAACUGCAUCAUCACAUUUUAACAGUGAUUGAAUUUCAAUUAGAAUGCGGUACCAUUCGUCCAAGCGUUCAAGGGGUAACAAAAUGAUACUUAUUUGAAAUUUUCGCUUCGCUGCAUAUAUAGUGAAAGUACUUUUGAAUACCCAAGCGUGACCCAUUCAUCCCAAUUCUGUACCAACUGAUUGAUGAAAUGUGCAGUCUUCAUUUUUUAUCACCAUAAGAUACACCGAACGCGACGGAAUGGAUAAAAUUUUGAUGUCUUGCUAUGGGACAAAGCUUACUGACCUAUCCAACGAUCAUUGAUCGUGAACAACUGGAGUUUAUUUAGUGCUUAAUACAUUUGAGCCUAGACAGAAAAAUAAAAAACGGAAGAACAUUGAAAGACCAUUGGAAGAAUAUUCCUAAUGCACACACAACUCACGGUAACUUACAUGUACCUGAUAACCACCCUCAAUCAACCACCCUAAAACGAUCAUGUUAUAUAGCAACAAUGCACUGCGCCAAAAUUUGGCCAUGAAUCUGCUGCAGCUGCGAUCAACCAUCAAGCUGACCCAACUUACAAUCGGUAGCGGUAGACGGACGGGAGGCACAUGUUUUUGCAUGAUCAUACCGCAUGUCAUACCAUCAGUUUGUCGAGGUCGCAGAAGCGCAUAUGUGUGGAGUACUUUAACGGCCAUGUGGUCAACGGAUUAUUAUGCAACUGAAUGUAGAUGACGAUGCGUUUAUGCACGCUGAGCAGCUGAGAGCAACCCCAUUGAAUGCUGGUUGAUGAGGGCAGGUAGAACAGGUGAUGUGAAAAAAAGUAAACGGUAGUCAUGUGCGAAAUUACCUCCAAACACAACGAGCGGAAAUACAAACGUAAUAUGAUCACGUUACCAAGGUUGAUCAGCUAGAGAAUUCUAUGAGCGUAUGGUACGUACAACUGAAAUGGUUGGAUAGUGGUGAUGUGAGGAAACCACGCUAAGGGUACUACAUGAACAUCACAUUACAUCGAUACUAGGUAUGGAAUAAUAGCUGACAGUACUCCACUACUUCAACGCUAUGCAAAGUAGCAUGCACAAGCAGUUCAGUUUUACCACGUUGAUAUUUUGGUUGGUAUUCAACAUUUUUCUAUAAAUUAUAAUACAAUCUGGAGAACAACUACAAGAAAUUAUAAAGGAGUUUUUCAUAAUACUACCAUGUGAAACAGAAAUCUGGAUUGAAUUGCUUCUGCAGCGCCAGAAUAUGACUAUUCAUAUUUCAAUUUUAGAUAGUUGCCUUUGCCAUUUUUUACACGAUACUACUUGUACCCAAUUCAAACCAUUCCCUCGUAGCAAAAUAUGAUUUAUCGAUCACGGUAAAAAAUGAAGUGUACUACACCAGUUACGAUAAGCAUGUCCAAUAAGAUCGUCACGUUAGUAAGAAGAAGGUAUACGUAAUAAGGACGAUCGAUAACUUAAAGGUGUACAUGAUCGAUGAAUUUGUUCGAUUACCAACUUAAACUAUAAGUCUUGAAUGUAUUCAGCUCGAUUGGUUUCAAUUGCUAUUAGCUCAGCUAAUUAGAAACUGUGGUUAGCGUAAUGUGCCAGACAUUCUUCUGGUACUUAGUACCGAAUUGCAUACAAUAUCCACGCAUGCAGAAUUAGUCUUACGUUUUUCAGCAUACGAUCAUUGGUUUAUAGUUAAUGGUUUACUAGAUCUCACAUGCACUCUAGGUUUAGUAGCAUUCAUAGUAGCGUGCGUCAUAGAUUUGCAACCCGUAAUGAUAAUGAUAAUCACCGGUUUGUCCAGCACCACCAUCGCUUGCAGUUUCCUCCCCCGUUGGGUAGAAAAGAAAUCUCACGAAGCGCCAUCCGUGACCGUAACUUCCGCGAGAAUCUCAACAAUAAGUGGCUCACGCGCCACCGAUGCUCAUUUCCCAUGGCGAACGGUCACAGGGUGCCCUGUAGAUAUGGAGCUGAUAGUGGAGCGGCAAAAUAGAAGCUUCUACUACUACUGCUCGAAUGACGGCGUAGGUCCUGCAAGCGGUACUGCCACCAAAUGGCCAACGGCAAACGGUGGAAAACGAACGGUUUUUCGUCUAUUGAAAUGAAAAUUGUGUGAGUUUUCCAGCCCCUUGUGUGCCCUUUGAGUUGCCAGCCAAUUGAGAUGAGAUCGUUCGUAAUGCCGAAGAAAAUAAGCCCCCCCCCUGCUCCUCAUCAUCUUUCAACCGUUUCGUGUGGUAGUAGGUGGGUGUGGGUAGUACAUUCGGGCAAAAGAAAAGAAUUUUCUUCUCGCUCCGGUGACUUUCUCUCAAGGGGCCCGUUCGCGAGGGUGGUUUAAACUCGACAGUCAGGCUUGAGAUGAAUAUUGCGCUAGAAACGUGUCCACGGAUUGAUCUAGUCUUUUUUGCCGUGCCUGUCAUCGUUUGUUGGUUGACCCAUCCACCCACUCCAUCCGUGACCGGUUGAGUAAGUGUCUGAAAAUCGUUCUACGUCGGUAGUUUAAUGGUUGAUUGUCAAAUCGAAAUUAAAGCACACAAAAACCCGGUUGAGCUUCCCGAACAAGUUGCAGGUAGAUUGAAAUUUUAAAUUUUAUAAUAUUACCAUCCAACUCUGGAAGCAAAGGAAUGCUUUGGGAAUCGUGUCCUAAAUCUGAAGGGUUCAGAUUUGUAUUACAUUCACCGGCUAAAUAAUUUUAGACGGAAGCAUAUUUUUUGUGUUUUUCGAAAUACCAUUCCCUUUUCCGAUUUAGGAACGUUCUACACUCCAUUCUGUAAACUCGAGCUUGAUAUCAGGUCGGGGAACGGAGAUUGUUGUCUGUUGGCCGUUGAUAAUGUCACCUACAGUGUAGUGAAUGGUUUUAUUUGGGCUUCGUAGUUUUAUUUACUUCUUGGAUUUCGAUGGUAAUUCCGGUAUAACUGGUUAGUACGAUCCUAUCGAACCUUUCCGUUUAUCGAUAUACCUUCGAUACACAGUGCCAAUUGCUUAACCAUUCACUAAUGCCAUUUGCUUUGCGGUGGUACUCGUGCUUGGACAACAUUGCGGCCAAAUCAAUAAACCGUUCUCUUUUGUAAAAUCAUUUUCUAGUUUAAUGAUAACGGGUAAUUUUGAGAAGAUGUAAAUAUUUCAACAAAUUAAUAAGCAUAAACUGUUGUGUUCUAGUUAUUACGAUCAAAUCAAAUAAAGUUUUUCUAUGGUUUUAUUCUUGAAUAUUAAUCACUUAAUAUUAGUUAAUUACUUAAUUAGUUUUAUUCUUCUAUUAAUCACUUAUUAAAUCUGCUGCCAUUUCGAAAUAGAUUAAAUAUUCUUUAUAUAUACUAAAUAUAGACUUCAUGGUAUACAUCUAGCUGAACUGUCCGAAAUAGCUCUCUGCGUCUGGUUGGCCUAUCCAUCUAAAUUUGUGAUUGUACAUUAUAUUAGCAAUGGUGGUCAAAUGAGUUCAAGACAGCAAAAAACACACACGACACUCGUUUACAACCAGUUUUAUCAACAUUUCUAUGCAAACAAGUUCUGUGUAAGGAAAUAGAAACUUCGAACUAUUUCGGGCUAGUAUUUAACAACAGUCAUGUG